UCUCUUAACAACCUAUGGAGGAACUGGACGCGUUUCAGUCGGUCUGAGGCGCGGACGCGCGAGCUGCUCCUUCGUCGUUGAUUUCGGAAGCGAGUGCGACGGUGCCCGCGGAGAUUUUUUGGGGCUUGAACUGAGCGGUUUGUGACGGGCUGGAGCUGAAGGCUAAAUGCUGCGGAUCUCACUCUUGACAACUUUUAUACUGGAGCACGGGGUGAGGGCUCCACGCUGCGCGACGCUGCGCGGUGAGUUCAGCACUGACACUCUCCUUUAUUCGCCAUCGUUUCAGUUUCAAGCGCAACUCAUUGCAGUCAAAGCCGGAAGUGCGCUGGUCAACCUGAAGUGAGGGGUCACUGAGCUCAGACACUCUACACUCCACUGACUCACAACUAAGCUGUUCUAAAAGAAGGACACGUACACAGCAAAAGGGUCUGAGCACAGACACUUGGAUCCCUCAAAACAGCACUUGGAUACUCUAAAGUUGAUACCCACCCAUCAUUGCUUCCACAUUUUGGUUCUCCGAGCAGAAUGAGGGAACCCCGGCGGGGCCUCCUGUGCUUGUGCCUCCUGGCCUGCUUGGCCUCCAUUCUUGGUGCCACCAACCCAUUUGCAGUGCAGCAGACGCCACCAGACCCUUGUUAUGAUGACGCAGGUGCAGCCCGUCGCUGUAUCCCUGAAUUUAUCAACGCUGCUUUUGGCAAAGAGGUGACAGUGUCCAGCGUGUGUGGCCGUCCUCCUUCCCGCUCCUGCAGUGUGGUGGAGCGAAGUGAUGAUCGCCCAUCUGUGCGCACGUGCCAAAUCUGCGAUGCUGCUGACCCUCGCCGUUCACAUCCGGCGUCCUACCUCACAGACCUGAAUUCAGCUCACAAUCUCACAUGCUGGCAGUCGGAGAAUCUCAACACGUCGCCACACAAUGUCACGCUGACGCUGUCUCUGGGUAAAAAGUUUGAGAUUACCUAUGUCAGCCUGCAGUUCUGCUCACCCAGGCCGGAGUCUCUGGCUAUAUUCAAGAGCAUGGACUACGGCAAGACCUGGAUGCCCUACCAGUUCUACUCUUCGCAGUGUCGGCGGGUCUACAAUCGGCCCAAUAAAGCAACCAUCACAAAGCAAAACGAACAGGAGGCCGUAUGCACCGACGGCCACACUGACCUCUAUCCACUCUCAGGAGGUCUGAUCGCGUUCAGCACCUUGGAUGGCCGACCUUCUGGAAAAGACUUUGACAACAGUCCCGUCCUGCAGGACUGGGUAACUGUUACAGACAUUCGAGUGGUCUUCAGCCGACCUCAGCUGCCCCGUGAGCUGGCAUUGGGAACUGGAAGCAACAGUGGCGGCAGGGAUGACGACCCCAUGGCAGUAGCCUCAACGCUGCCAACUUAUUUUUAUGCAGUGGGGGACUUCCAAGUGGGCGGGAGGUGCAAAUGCAAUGGGCAUGCUUCACGCUGUGUGAAGGACAAGGAUGGCAAGCUGGUUUGUGACUGCAAACACAACACAGAGGGACCCGAGUGUGACCGCUGCAAACCCUUUCAUUAUGACCGGCCAUGGCAGAGGGCCAGUGCACGAGAGGCCAACGAGUGCCUGCCAUGCAACUGCAACCUUCACGCCAGACGCUGUCGUUUUAACAUGGAGUUGUACAAGUUGUCCGGGAGGAAAAGCGGAGGGGUCUGCAUGAACUGUCGCCAUAACACUGCUGGACGCCACUGCCACUACUGCAAGGAGGGUUUCUACAGAGACAUGGCCAGACCCAUCACUCAUCGGCGAGCCUGCAAAGCUUGUGACUGCCACCCAGUUGGAGCGGCAGGCAAGACCUGCAACCAGACCACUGGUCAGUGUCCGUGCAAAGACGGUGUGACAGGCAUCACCUGCAAUCGCUGCGCCAAGGGCUACCAACAGAGCCGCUCUCCUGUGGCUCCAUGUAUCAAGAUCCCAGUGGUCAACCCCACAGCUGUGGUGAGCAGCACAGAGGAGCCAGCAGAUUGUGAGUCAUACUGCAAGCCAGUGAAGGGAAACCUGAAGAUCAACAUGAAGAAGUACUGCAAGAAGGAUUAUGCUGUCCAGGUUAAUGUCCUGGACAUGGAAACGGUCGGGGACUGGGCAAAGUUCUCAGUCAGCAUCAUGUCGGUUUACAAGAGUCGCGGCGAGCCUUUGAAGCGUGGAGAUAACGUCCUAUGGGUACACAUGAAGGACCUCGCCUGCAAAUGUCCCAAGAUUCAGAUGAGCAAGCGCUUUCUGGUGAUGGGUGGUAGUGAUGGCGGGACAGGACCUGGGGUUGGACCCGGUGGUGGACCCAUCAAUCCAGACCGUGUUGGCCUAGUGGCUGAUAAGAACAGCCUUGUGAUCCAGUGGAGGGACGUUUGGACGAGACGGCUGAGAAAGUUCCAGCGCAAGGAGAAGAAGGGCAAGUGUGGCAAAGCGUGAUGGUAGCGCACCAUUAGUCAUCUCCUACUUCCCCGCACCUCACCUUCGUACAUCCUGAAUCAACCACUCCUUUCUUUGUUUUUUACCCCCAAAAAGUCUUUCUCCACCCACAAAAACUCUGCACAUUACAAAGACUGCAUGUACCCUGCCUGUUUAUGGACUACUUUUGUGUAUAUUGUAUAAUUUUUUUUUUUCCUUUUAUUUGACAAAAUCUUUUUUUAUUGUCACGUGUAUGUUUUAUGUCAUUGGUUUGCCUUAAAAAGGGACCAUUAAAAAGGGUAUGAAGUGUAGACAAAUGCCGACGCCGUUCCCUACCACAAUGACACUUUCCCAAAUACAACUCUGCGCCUUUCCCUGGCUGUUCGGUUUGGACAACAACUUGACAUGGAAAUGUCGGAUUGAGGAGGUCAAACUGUCUUGCAAUGUUUGUUGUUUAACUGUUGACCUUGACACAAGGAACAACAACUGAGCACGUCCAGUUACAAUGCAAGGUGACUGUUUCCAAGGGGCAGAACCGUCCCUGCACACUCUACCCACUGCCGUGGAUGCGUCACGUCCCUUUAUCCAAUCCAGCCUCGUGUGUGCGACGUGCUUGGGCAAAGGUCAUAUUUCAGGGAUGUUUCACCACCAGUCCCUCUCAUGAGUGGUUUUAAACUCAUGUAUCACCAUCAUGACUCAUUGCAUGUCAUCUCCUCUGCAGGAUCGAUUUAGCGGUGUAGACAACUGGUUGGAAUUUCAGAACAAUACCAAUAUUUCCAUCGAGGCUUGGCUCAUCUGCGGGGCAGUGGCCCUCCACAUGUUUGUGUGUGGCCAAAGUCAUUUUUCUCUUAAAUCUGACAUCUGUCGAUUGACACGACGGCUGUAGUUUGCCGAAACAAGAGAUUGAGGGAAAUGUGACUUUUCCUGAAGUAAAAUGAAAACAAUGUUGGAUAAACAGUCUUGUUUUCCCGGCAGAUAUCUUUUUUUUUUUUGACAAAUGAGCAAGUCUGGAAAGUUUUUAGUGUUCACUUGAUUAUAUUAUGACACGAGAAUAUCAUAUUUCCAUCUUCAUGUAUUUUGUUAUGUUUGCAUAUUUGUGGUUUUUGCUGGUCCAUCGAAUCCUGCAGAAGAAGCUGAAUCAGAAUGAAGAUCCAAAGGAAAAUCUCCCGAGUCAUCUCCCCCCGCUUGCCUACGCAGAUCUAGUCCCUGUUAUCCUCUGCCAAAUAAGCAUAGUGAGUUUCUAAAUUUAAUUAAGGGACUUUAUGAAAGUUAUGACCAACAAAAACCACAGAGAGCAGUCGGGCUGCUUUCAUAAUUAUGUCUUCAGCUGUGAUUUCAUCAAGUAAUGCAUAGAGCAAUUGAGAGUAGAAGAUAAACAAAGUGUAGAGGUGCUGUGUUAAGCCAACGUAGCUGUGCAUGUGUCACACUAGCCGACUGUUAAGCUCCUCUAGCUGAAAUUGUAUGUUUGGAUUGUCAUUAUUCCAAAAAAAUAUCCCCCGUCUUUGUGACAUCCAACCCCUUCCCAAAGCUCCGCUUUUGUGUGUUGUGUACUUUGUGUGUUAGACAGGUGACGGCACAGAGGGCGUUUGCCAGAACCCUUCAGUGUUGCAUUUCUGCUUCUUCAAAGAAUGUAUGUUAAACUGUGAACAGCACCCUCACACUGGUGAUUCAUCAAGUUAAAUCGAACUUUGUUAGCUAGUUCAGCGUCUUCGAUACUCACGAACCGCCGACAGGAUUUCAAGUCAUUGGAAUUUACACUGACUAAACCAGAGAUGAUCCGAUCUGGGGUUAAAUUUGUGGCCAUACGUUUUUAUUUUGAAAUGACAUCACAGAAAAUGUUAUGCAAGUGAAGCGUAGUAAUGAUUGUGUUUGAGCUGCCACGUCUGAAAUGAGAUUUGGUCUUCACAUUCUGCUGCCAACACAAAGACACACGAGUUGAAUGUCAAAGCACAGAUCUCCUUUUAUAGGCUAUGACGAGGAGGCAGUGCUUACAGUAAGUUAGCUGAGAACUUUUGAAGUUUGUUUUCCGUUCAGUUGAAGGAUGUUUGUGAGGUGGUGGAUUAAAUGCUUCUAUUUGUAUCCCGUUGUACCCGUAAGUAGAUAUUUCGCCUUUCAAACUCACCCAAGGCGGUAAAAGUUCUAAACAUGAUGUCAAAAUGUGCCCAAAUGUUUUCUUAUAUCGUAAAAUAAAACUUGCCGUUGUAGCCCGAAGAAUUGACAGGUCACUCUCUGGAGACGAGAUUGGCUCCACAUGUCUGGUGCUCAAAUCCUCAAGGUGCCUUCACUGUGGCGGAGGUCCAGCUCCGCACUCGGUUCGUAUCAAUCUGUACCGUUCACAUCUAAUCACUUCUUAUUUCCACUUGGCUCUGUAUUAUCUCUUUUAAGGGGCCACCCAAACCUUGAAGCCAGAUAAGAGGUGAAUGCCAGAUGUAAUAGUGUAAAAGCCUCUGGUGUGUUUUAUCACAUUUAUGUGUGUGUUUGUCAUUUAAACCAGUCGUAUGCACAUGAUUUGUACUUAUUGGAAUGCCGACUUUUACAGAGGUCAAAUAUUUAGAAGAGUCAGACAACUGAUGAUGAGCAAUUGUCACUUCCUGGUCUGGUUUGCUUUGUUUAUUUUGACUUCCAAAAACGUUUUUCUUGUUUAGUGAGUCACUUGUUGUAAAUAUGUGAUGACUAUCCUCUGUAGUUGAUGUCUUUGUGUCCCAGUGUUACCGACCCAGCUCAUGUUCUGUGGAUGUAGAAAGAAGUUGUCAUCACGUCCCGAAAACACCAGAUAUCACUCAGAAUGUAUCCUUAUUUGUAUUGGUUUUACCCUCCAGUGUUGUGACACCAGCGCCCGGUUGUUCAUUCUGCUGGGUAAAACAUGUGGCACGAGGAACAGACGAGAAGAGCAUGUGUUUGUGAAGUUUAAAUAGCUUACGAGGGAUGUCUGUCUUCCACACUAUUGUCAGAUUUUUGUCCACUCUUUCACUGUUGGGAGACCAUCUGUGCCCACCCCUCGUCUAUAUCAAAGUCUUCUAUGUACAUGUUACAUUAAGGCCAUGAACCACUGACUUU